CUCGCUUGUCAGAGUCUCACUGUCCUUGAGGUCGCAGUUGCAGAGACAGACGCGAACAGAGACGAAGAGAGGCAUUUCGUCCCUCAAAGACAUUUGCUCCUUGACCAAAAAUGAAAGGUGGUACCGACUUUGCUCUGCCUCAGUGGUUUUCUUCUGACCCGCGAUGUCUCGCCUGCUGUUGCUCUGUCCUUCCCUCCUCCGCCACCAUGUUGUCCUCUUCUUAAAGCCUGGCGGUCGCCUCACCCACUCAGGACAGCCACGCCACCGAGCUCUGUCGCCCGCGGAAUCGGUUGUUGGAAUUGCCGUGUUUUUUACGACCUUUUACACCCCUGCUGCAUAUGUGCUAACCAAUCUGAACCAGUUCAAAAGACAGUAGAUGCAAGAUGACGUUGAGCAUCACUGCAAGUCCAAAAUGCUUUCAUUAAAAGCAAUGGCUCCUUUACAUGAGAAAAAUUGCUUUGUUGAACCUAUUGUGAAUAUUCAUAACUGUAUGUCUUUGCAUUCUGCACUUUUUUUUCCAGCUGUGCAUUAUAUGAAUGGCAAAAAUAAUUUGCCUAAGUGUUAAGUAAAAUGGAAACACUUG